UUACUUUUAACCGCAGUUCAACUUGUGUAUUUGAUACUGUGGUAUGAGAUGGAUUCUGGAGACCUUAGGAAAUUAAUCGAAGAUCAGGCUAAUCAAACAAUAGAGUCAAUUCAGGGGCACCGAGAUAUAUCAAGAAAAAAGCUGGCUGAGUACAAGCGCUACGUAAUUGAGCAGGUAUCCACGUUGUUUACAGAUCUAGAAUCAAGAUGCCUCAAGCAGGAGAACGAAUCUGAUGAUUUUAUCCAGGAGCUUAUAGUAGAACUAAUGGAACUGCUGAAAAAUAUCGAUACCCUUUUGAUUGAGAUUCAUACCUGUAAAAGUACACUUUCCAAGUUAAACAAUAUGUUGACUGGUAAAGAAAAUUUUUCUUGAAAUGAACCCCCGCAAAAUGGUGUGUUUUUAGUUGUUGUAUGGCAAUCAAGAUAAAAAAUCUUUAAUACUAAAUAAAAAACUGGAAACCA